GCUGGAGUCCUUUCAAACUAUCUGUACAGUUCAGGCAGUUAGCAGUCUGCUGCUCCAGGACAGGACACACCACAGGGACAGUGCAAGCUUUCCAUUACUAGGCAAGAAGAUGAAUCUGUAACAUAUGAAAAGCCUGUAUUGCUCAUGGCAAUGGAAUGUAUACUCUGUGUGUAAACCUUUGGAGGAUUAAUUCCUUUCCUUUACAUUUGGGUGACAAGGACAGUAAGUCUGCCAUGCUGCACUUUGUGAUCACAGCCUGGUUUGUAUGGAGCUGUGCCCAGGGUUGUCAGCUGUCAUCAGAUUGGAGGCACCUGAGUGAAGGAUGCAGAGCAGAGCUGGCACAGAUAAUAGUCUAUGCCAAGGUGUUGGCUGUACAUCAGGAAACACACAGUAGUAUCUUCAGCAGUAUGUACAAUUACCUGCCAUGGCAGUAUGAAUCAGGGGACAGCACCUUCUUCUAUUCUGCAGAGAUAGAAAUGCUCUGUGAUCAGGGAUGGGGCAGUAUGCUGGAGGUACCUGCAGGAUCCAGGCUCAACAUCACUGGACUGGGAUACUUUGAUUGUCACUCAUACACAGUUGUGCAGGGUCACUCCUACUUCUUCUUCCUCCGAAUGGAUGAAAAUUACAGUCUGCUUCCACAUGGAGUGAAUUUCCAGGAUGCAAUUUUUGCAGAUACUCAAGACAACUGGAGGCUGUUUUCCAGUCUUUUCCAGUACUCCAACUGUUCUCAAGGACAACAAGUCAUGGAUGAACUAGAAAGCCAAGAAGAUAGUAGGCUGAUGUGCUCAUCGAUCCAGAGUGCGCUGUUUGAGGAAGAAGACAGAGCAAAGAAGCUUCAACAAAAAGUGGCUUCCCUUGAGAAACGCAACAAACAGCUCCGGAAUCGAGUAAAGAAGGUCAAGAGCUCUUUACGACAAGCUAAAAAGAAUGCCAGAAACAUGGAAAUGAUUAACAGAAAACUGAAUGAAAAACUCUCCUCAGUGGCUGGACAGAUAACACACAUGAAUUCUUUUAUCCAAAAAAAUUCUCAUUCAUCAUACCUCAAAGUAUAGUGCUUUAUACCAGAGACCUUGAUAUAAAGUCUGUGCAAAAUAUACGCAAAAUCUGCAUUGUAACUCAGAUUUCUAGCGCCCUCUGCAAUAUGUCCUAGGAAACCUUGAUGGAAUUUAAUUGGAAAAAAAUGUGUGAAUCAUGGCUGAGAUUUGUGUGAAUCCUAUGUGAAAACAUAUAUCAAUAGACACCCUAGGCAUGCUAAUCUGUGUAACAGGGUACUUUCCUAUUGCUGGAAUAAGCAUAUAUAUGCCUCUAAAAGUUGUGGGCCUAUGCUGACCAUACACUUGGCAAUUGUUCACAGUUUUGAAGCUUUCUAUCAGCUUUCAAGUACAGCUAUCUGCAACACACUACUUUAAUCAUUUAUCUAUUUGAAGUGGUUGAACAUGUGAAAUUGCUGUUAAAAUCGAUCAGAAAUACUGCAAUGGCAUUCCAAUGGUUUUGCAAUUAUUUAG